CAUCCACCAAUAAAAUAGAGUUAAUAGUAGAGAUAAUCCCACAAAAUAAUCCUAACCUCACUUUCAAAUCCCUUCACCUCCUCAUUUUCUAAAACACACACUACACAACACAACCGGGAAAAAAACACGUACUCCUAACAUCCGGCCUCCUAUGGAGAUGGAGAACGGCGGGCCGCCGCCGCCGCAGCCUCCCGCCCACCGUUCUCCGCUGACCCGCCUCAACAAGUUCGUGUCCUCGACCCGGGUCGGCAAGCACUUCAAGCUCGUCGAGCGAAAAACCACAUUCACGACCGAGCUGCGCGCCGGCACGGCCACCUUCCUGACCAUGGCCUACAUCCUGGCCGUGAACGCCUCCAUCCUGACAGACUCCGGCGGCCCCUGCUCCGUCUCCGACUGCCUUCCCCUCUGCUCCGACCCCACCGUCUCCGCCUCCAACUGCACCGGCCCCACCCUCAGCCUCAUCCAGCCCGACUCUACCUGCAAGUUCGACCCGGUCAACCCGGGCUACACUGCCUGCCUGGAGAAGGUCCGGAAAGACCUGAUCGUCGCCACCGUGGCGUCGUCGCUAAUCGGGUGCUUGAUUAUGGGCACGUUUGCGAACCUUCCGCUGGCCUUGGCGCCUGGGAUGGGGACCAAUGCGUAUUUUGCGUACACGGUUGUUGGGUUCCAUGGUUCGGGGAACGUUUCGUACGAGAGCGCUCUGGCGGCGGUAUUCAUCGAGGGUUUGAUUUUUUUGCUGAUUUCCGCCGUUGGGUUACGGGCUAAACUCGCGAAACUCGUUCCGAAACCCGUCAGGAUCUCGUCCUCCGCUGGCAUCGGACUGUUUCUCGCUUUCAUCGGUUUACAGGGCAACCAAGGACUAGGCCUAAUCGGCUACAGCUCCUCAACCUUAGUCACCCUUGGCGGUUGCCCAACCUCCUCAGCCGCCGCCGUAGCCCCUGUCUACACCGCAGCCAAUGGGACUGUCACCCUCCUCCCCGGCGGCACAGUCUCCGGCAACAUCCUCUGCCUCCACAACCGCAUGGAAAGCCCCACCCUCUGGCUCGCCCUCGUCGGCUUCGUAAUCAUCGCCUACUGCCUGAUCAAAAACAUCAAGGGCGCCAUGAUAUACGGCAUCGUCUUCGUCACCGCCAUCUCCUGGUUCCGCCACACAAAGGUCACCGUCUUCCCCGACACGGCUGCUGGCGACUCCGCUUAUGAUUACUUCAAACACGUGGCCGACAUCCACGUCAUCAAACAAACGGCUGGUGCAUUAAGUUUUAAAAACAUUAGCAAAGGGUAUUUUUGGGAAGCUUUAAUUACAUUUCUAUACGUCGAUAUUUUAGAUACAACAGGUACUCUAUACUCGAUGGCUAAAUUUGCUGGAUUUGCGGACGAAAACGGCGAUUUCGAAGGGCAGUAUUUUGCCUUCAUGUCUGAUGCGUCAGCAAUCGUGGUGGGGUCCCUAUUGGGGACCUCCCCGGUGACUGCGUUCAUAGAGUCGUCAACGGGGAUAAGGGAAGGGGGGCGGACGGGGCUGACGGCGUUGACAGUGGCGGGGUACUUUUUCCUUGCGUUCUUUUUCACGCCGUUGCUGGCGUCUAUACCAGCGUGGGCGGUUGGGCCGCCGUUGAUAUUGGUUGGGGUGUUGAUGAUGAAAUCGGUGGUGGAGAUCGAUUGGGAGGACAUGAGGCAGGCGAUACCGGCGUUUGUGACGUUGAUUUUGAUGCCGUUGACUUACUCGAUUGCGUAUGGUUUGAUUGGUGGGAUUGGGACUUAUGUUGUUUUGCAUCUGUGGGAUUGGGGGGAGGGGGGUUUGAGGAGAUUUGGGAUAGUUAAGGGGGUGGAAAGUAAUAAUGAUGGAGCCCAUAAUGGGGUAAAUGGGGUAAAUAGCGAAAGUGUUGGGAAUAGAAGUGUUAAUAAAUCUCUUGAGGUUUAAUAAGCUGGUGGAUGGCUUUUAAACUUCUCAGAAUCUUUCUUUUAUUUCAGGAGAAAGCUAUGGUACACAGGGUAUACCGUAUGUUUAAAUUACGACAAUUUGUGAUUUUUAUUAUGCCCAUUUUUGAUUUUCUAAUGUAUAUUUAUAGUGCUAGUUACGACUUGUAUUUUAAAAUUUACCUGUUCAACAGGUCAUUAGCAGGUUAUUCAUAAUUAAAAAAAUAUUGUUAUUAUGUAA